GAGAGAGGAAGACGUCUUUAAGGGCCCCAGCCUGGGCGAGCUGGUCGCGCUUCCGCCUCUCGGGCUCCGGAAGGUAGCGCGCACGCGCUCCCUGCGACUCCGGCGCCGUUGACUUCCGCUCCCACUGUGCCCCGCGAGCCGAAUCAUGGAUCACACUGACAAUGAGUUACAAGGCACUAAUAGUUCUGGAUCGUUGGGUGGUCUUGAUGUACGAAGACGAAUUCCUAUAAAGCUCAUCUCCAAACAAGGGAACAAAGCCAAAGCUUCACCUCGAACUCCAAGGACUAUAAACAGGAUGCCUGCAAAGGCUCCACCUGGUGAUGAAGAAGGAUUUGAUUAUAAUGAAGAAGAACGGUAUGACUGUAAAGGGGGUGAACUGUUUGGAAAUCAGCGAAGAUUUCCAGGACACCUUUUUUGGGACUUUCAGAUAAACAUCUUGGGUGAAAAGGAUGAUACACCAGUUCAUUUCUGUGAUAAAUGUGGAUUGCCUAUUAAAAUCUAUGGGCGAAUGAUUCCAUGCAAACAUGUUUUUUGCUAUGACUGUGCUAUUUUACAUGAAAAAAAGGGGGAUAAGAUGUGUCCAGGCUGUAGCGAUCCUGUGCAGCGAAUUGAACAGUGUACACGAGGUUCUCUCUUCAUGUGUAGCAUUGUUCAAGGGUGCAAGAGAACAUACUUGUCUCAGAGAGACUUACAGGCUCAUAUCAACCACCGCCAUAUGAGAGCUGGAAAACCUGUUACCCGGGCUUCACUUGAAAAUGUUCAUCCUCCUAUUGCCCCACCACCAGCCGAAAUCCCUGAUCGUUUUAUAAUGCCGCCAGACAAGCACCACAUGAGCCAUAUUCCGCCAAAGCAGCACAUCAUGAUGCCACCACCUCCUUUGCAACACGUGCCCCACGAGCACUAUAAUCAGCCCCACGAGGAUAUUCGUGCUCCUCCAGCAGAAUUGUCCAUGGCUCCACCUCCUCCUCGUUCGGUCAGUCAGGAAACCUUUCGUAUUUCAACAAGAAAACACAGCAAUUUAAUAACUGUCCCUAUUCAGGAUGACUCAAAUUCAGGUGCUAGAGAACCUCCACCUCCUGCCCCAGCACCUGCUCACCAUCAUCCUGAAUAUCAGGGUCAACCAGUGGUAUCUCACCCUCAUCAUAUUAUGCCUCCACAGCAACAUUAUGCACCACCCCCACCUCCUCCACCACCAAUAAGCCAUCCAAUGCCACAUCCUCCCCAGGCCGCAGGUACUCCUCACUUGGUCUAUAGCCAAGCUCCACCUCCACCAAUGACCUCUGCUCCACCACCAAUAACCCCUCCCCCUGGACAUAUUAUUGCCCAGAUGCCACCUUAUAUGAAUCAUCCUCCUCCAGGACCUCCCCCACCUCAACAUGGUGGUCCACCUGUAACUGCACCCCCUCCUCACCAUUAUAAUCCUAACUCUUUACCCCAGUUCACUGAAGAUCAAGGAACGCUGAGCCCUCCAUUUACACAACCAGGGGGAAUGAGUCCUGGUAUAUGGCCUGCACCAAGAGGGCCACCUCCUCCUCCACGAAUGCAGGGUCCGCCUUCUCAAACCCCACUUCCUGGACCACAUCAUCCAGAUCAGACAAGAUAUAGACCGUAUUACCAAUGAUAAUAGUAUUUUGAACUGAAGAUAUGAUGAGGAAACAAAACUUAUGUAUAUGUAUAGUCAAUCUUUUAAUUGAGUUUUGACUGGGGAAGGAAAAGCACCUCUUACUGAGGUGGCUGUAAAACACUUAGGGUCUUGUCUCUUAAAAUGGUUUCAAAUCUUGACCUUAGGAUUCAUAUCAAGUACUAUACUGUAGUGCAGAUAAGUGGUUCCGUUGAGCACAGCUAUAUUUUAACAACUUUGUUGCCCUAGUGUGGUAAAUUGACCCAGAGGUGACCAUUUGUAACAAAUUUGAAAAAAUUUUUUCUUUGUUCCACUUUCAGAAGUAUUGCUUUUGUUAAACCCAAUGUUUAGUUUUUCUUGUGAUACAUUUUGUUAACCUGUGUAAAAGGAUUAAAUUUCAAUAUGGUUGUAAAAAUGCUAUUUUUAUGUGAAUUUAAGUGCAGCCACAUACUGUUUUUUAAACCAUGUUUUACCACUAAUUUCCCAAAGUUACAAUAAAAUCCUAAAAGUAAAAA